AUGGUUUCACCGUUUCCUGGGCACUAUCUUCCAUGGUUUGAGGUGUUUUACAAACUUCUCAACAACUUGGCUGAUUACCUCGCAAAAGUGCAGCAGUUCAUCCCAUUGGCUGAUGGAUCUGUCACUCUGCAGAUGGGAGAGCAGCUUUUGGUCAGCACAGAGGUGUCCCACCCUGUUGGACACACACAGGGAUCAGAGGGGAGGAACUUGACCAAGCUGAUUGUUGCUGUUGAUGUUGGAAACCUUCUUCAGCUCUAUGCCAGCGUGCUGUUUGAGAGACGCAUCCUCAUCUUUGCAAGCAAACUGAGCACUCUCACGUCUCGUGUACAUGCACUCAGUGCUGUGUUGUAUCCAAUGUACUGGCAGCACAUCUUCAUACCAGUACUGCCACCGCACCUACUGGAUUACUGCUGUGCCCCCAUGCCUUAUCUAAUUGGGGUCCACACCAGCUUGUCGGAGGUAAACAGUUUGUAAUGAUUUCAA